AUGAUCAAUGCACGCAAGCAGAGAGUGCUCGCUAUCGCCGCACUGUGCUUUCUGAUCAUUCUGUUCGUGUCCGUGACCAACACCGGCGAGAAGAAGCCACAGCUGCUUGCUGGAGAGCGGUCCUAUUCUCCCACCCCGGGCAACAAUAAGCUGGCCCAGGCUGGAGGAAACGUGAACCAGCUGGUCAAGGACAAGUCGGGCGUCAUCGACGAGUCGAAGGUGAAGCAGGCAGAGGAGUUUUCCAACGUCAAACCUCCUGUGAAGGCUCCUAGUGGCGACUCGUCGCAGAAGAAGAUCUCGGCAGACAUAUCUAAAAAAGCCGGAUCGGCCAAGGAACAUCUGGCCAUCAAGGAUCAAAAGGGGAUGGCCAAUACAAAGGAGCUGAAGGCAUCCGACUCAAGGGAUUCGUUUGGAAACAGCGUCGCCAAAGAUGACGCCAAAGCGGAUAUCCAGCGUUCAAAAAUAGACCCUAAGAAACUGGUUGACUCGGACGUCAAGAAGGUGGCGGACAGUGAGGAGAGUUCCGAGUUCGACCCGGCCAAGGAAUUCAAGGAAAUUCUCAGUCUUUCGCCGGUGGCUAUAUUCUCCAAAUCUUACUGUCCAUACUCUAAAAGACUCAAGGACCUGCUGCAGACGAGCUACGACAUCACUCCCCAGCCUACCGUUGUCGAGCUGGAUCUCCACGAGCACGGCAAGGAGCUCCAGGACUAUAUUGCCUCGGUGUCAGGCAGAAGAACCGUGCCGAACCUGUUUGUCAACGGCGUCAGCCGCGGUGGCUCGGACGAAAUGAGCGCUCUGCAUGCAGACAACAAACUUCUCGACGAGCUCAUUGCAUGGGGAGGCCCAAAGGUCAAGGUGGAAAAGAUCAAUCGGCCGUCGAACUCGUGA